AUGGACCCUCUGGCCAAUUCGGCAACAUACCCACUCAAAGCAGCAUUGACACAGUAUAUCCACGAUAUGACCUGGCAAACAACCGCAGCUCAAUAUCUAGAAGAGAGAGAUAAGUCCAUACCCAAGGAGUACCUCCUCACUCUACCUCCUGCAGACGACGUGUUGGAUGUGAAAGACUACCCUACUCUUCCAGGCGUCCUGUCUCCUCUGGAGUUGGAAAUCACCCAAUCUCUCACCGUCACACAGUUGCUCGAAGCGAUCAAAGCAGGGAGAUAUACUGCUUUACAGGUUACUGAGGCUUUCUGUCAUCGAGCUACUAUAGCUCAUCAACUCACUAACUGCCUGACCGAGCUCUUCUUCGACAAAGCGUUGGAAAGAGCCAGAGAGCUGGAUGAGUAUUAUGAGAAGACUGGAAAGACCAUUGCGGUCGUGAGUAAAGUAGCAUCAUCUUCACGGCAUCGCGACUCGAAAUCGUUGACCUUCCCUUAUACAGUUCCCAUAUCUCUCAAAGAUCAGAUCGAGGUGGAAGGCACAAACUUCACCAUGUCGUAUGUAGGAUGGGUAGGGAAUAAGGCGAAGCACAACGCAGUGAUUGCAGAUAUCCUUCUAGCUCAAGGGGCCGUUCUCUACUGUCGUACCAAUAUGUCUCAAGGUUUAUGGUUCGGAGAAGGUUAUAACAAUGUCUAUGGCAGAACUCUCAACCCCUUCAAUCGUAAUGUCACAUGUGGUGGAAGUAGUGGAGGGGAAGGGGCUUUGAUCGGACUUCGAGGAUCCCUGCUCGGUGUAGGAAGUGAUAUCGGAGGAUCUGUUAGGAUACCUGCUGCUUAUCAAGGUUUAUAUGGUGUCCGAGGCUCUUAUGCUAGGAUCCCAUACUGUAAGGCGAGCAACAGUUGUGAAGGUCAGGAGAUGGUCAGAUCUGUCCUUGGACCUCUUACAGUAUCGGUUGAUGGACUCAAGACGUUCUAUAAAGCCGUUUUGGACGCGAAACCUUGGGAGUUGGAUCCGUGGACACCUCGCAUGCCAUGGUCAGACAGUGCAUACAAUCUUGUGGAUCAUGGAAACGGGGAGAAGCUAUGCUUUGCCAUCAUGUGGGAUGAUGGGGUGGUCAAGCCUUGCCCACCGUACGAAAGAGGUAUGAAGGAGGUGAAAGAUGCGUUAUUAGCUGCUGGGCAUGAAGUGAUCGAUUGGACCCCUUAUAAGUCAGCCGAGGCGCGCGAUUUGCUUAUGCGAUUCUUCACUGCCGAUGGAGGAUAUGAUCUCAAAAAGCAGCUCGCUCUGAGCGGUGAGCCGCAAUUAGGAUCUAUUCUCGAAAGAGGAGUACCCGAACUGUCAGCCCAUGAAGUAUUCGACCUGUGUUAUCGUCGAUCGGCAUUUGUCAAGGACUCUCUUGACUACUGGAAUGCGACAACCAGCCAGACCACUACUGGUAGACCUGUAGAUGCUAUCAUCGCACCAGCUUGUGGUGGCCCACCUCAACCACAUGAUGGUUUUAUGUGGCUUGGUUACACUGGCUUCUGCAAUCUCAACGAUUACACUGCUUCGAUCCUGCCCGCUACUCAAGUUGAUCCUGCGCGCGAUCCAAAACCAUCGAGAACUGAUUUCAUUGGAGAGGAUGAUAGGAAGACUUACGAACAGUACGAUCCGGUAUUCAUGAAGGGAGCGCCCUGCUCAUUGCAGAUCAUCGGGAAGAAGUAUGAAGAGGAGGCGGUUAUUCGGAUGACUGAAAUCGCGGACGCCGCAUUGAAACAAUAUCGAGGAGGAAGGACAUGA